AUGGGCAACAGCGACAGCAAGAGCAAGUUCCGCGAGAGCGUGUACAAGCUCAACAACGAGGUCAUCAGCAGCAAGAACCUCGAGUUCUGGGACAAGCUCUGGCGCAUCCCGACGGUGGCCGAGGAGAUCUUCACGCUCAUCCAGCCCGACGACGUGCGCAUGAUGCGCCACCAGCAGCCCGAGAACCUGGCCACGCUGCUGCGCCAGGCCGUCUCGCAGAUUGUGCAGAUCGUGGACACGCCCGUGCCCAAGUACUACCAGCAGGCGCUCAACUGCGUGCGCGUGCUCACGCGGCUCGUGCCCUUCAUCCUCGAGGAGGGGGGCGACGAGUUCGUCGAGGAGCUCUUCUGGAGCGUCGAGGGCCAAUCAGGAGCCAAAGAAGGAGAGGAAGAGGAGGACGAGACCAAGGAGGAGACGCAGCCCACCGCCGAGCCCCUGGCCAAGCAGAUGCUGCACGCCAUCAUGGGGCUGCUGUUCCUGCCGGAGUUUACGGUCUCGAUCCACGCGUACAAGGGCUACGGGGAGGAGCGACGCAGCGCCACGCGCAGCGGCCAGAGCACGACCAGCGGCUCGUUGGUCUUCCCGUCGCUGCUGUGGCACUCCGGUGUGGGCUACCCCGAUGCUAGCGUCGUGAACUCGUCCAACUAUGACAAGAACCGCAAGGAGGUGCUGGCGCUGCUACUCACGUGCUUCUCGAGCAUUUUGUACCAGACGGCCGAGACGUGCAGCAACUGGAAAGAUAGGUUCUUGGAGGUGGCCACGGCCACGGACUGUCCCUUCACGCCGACGCUGUUCUACUCGCUGUUGAACAUUGUCGUGUCGUACGACCCUGUCGGGUGGGGCGUGCCCUACGCGGGCUCCAUUGUGUCGGACGACAGGGAGUUGCUGGUGGAUCUGUCACUCCAGGUGCUGCUGGUGCUGCUGGACUUUGGCCAGACCACGGAGAGCAACUCGGCCGCGACGUCCAAGCCGCAGCCUGGCAGCUCGACCCCCGCAGCGAAGCGUCGCUCGUCGUCCGUGACGUCGAGAACCUCGAACCCCAUUUUCGACGGUGUGGCGAAUGUGUACCGCAACUUGCUGUCGUCGCUCCAGAGACCGGAGGACUUCCAGUUGAUUUUCACGGGGUUGUCGCGCCUAUUGAACAACUACCACCAGUCGAUGAGCACGCUGCUGCCCAACUCGAUCAAGCAGAUCAAGUGCCACCAGGAGCUUCUCGUUCUGCUGUGGAAGAUGCUGGACGAGAACACGGAGUUCUUGCACUACGUGCUGAAGAAGGCGGACGUUAACCAGCUCGUGGUCCCGCUGUUGUUCUUGAUGUACGAGGGCAGACAGGAGCCGGCCAAGGUAGGCAUGAUCCACAUUUGUACCUUCAUCCUGCUGCUGCUCAGUGGCGAGCGCGACUUCGGUGUCAACUUGAACAAACCCUUCAACAACCACCUCCCGCUGGAUCUGCCUCCGUUCUCGGGCAACCACGCGGACCUGCUGAUCGUCUGCCUGCACAAGAUUAUUGUGAGCGGCUACGAGAAGCUCAACUCGGUGUACAACUGCUUCCUCACGAUCAUUUGCAACAUCUCGCCGUACUGCAAGAAGCUCAACAUGGUGUCCAGCGUCCGUCUGCUCCGCCUGUUCAAGCUGUUCGCGCAGCCGCGCUACCUGUUCGACAACGAGGCCAACCACCACUUGGUGUUCUUCCUGCUCGAGACCUUCGACAACAUCAUUCAGUACCAGUACGAGGGCAACCAGCAGGUCGUGUACGCCAUGAUCCAGAACAAGAACGUCUUCUACCAGCUCAACGACCUGCAGCUUCCACCUAUCCGAGCUGCUUCAGCCACGACUAAGAAGGAGGGCGAGGGUGCAGAGCAGCAGGAGCAGAGCCCGGAGGGCGAGUUUGUCCCUACGGUCGAGUGGCUAUCGGCGUGGAAGAAGAAACUCCCGCUGACCACGAGCCUUCGCCUACUCCAGCACCUCAUUCCCCAACUGGAAGACGCCUGCCAGAAGGCCGGUGGCAGUUUGGACGAGGAUGCGAUGCUGUACUUCCUGCGCACGACCACGAUGGUGGGUCUCCUGCCCGUGCCGCACCCGAUCGUGAUCCGGAAGUACCAGAUCAACCAGUUCACGCACCUGUGGUUCACCACCUUCACGUGGGGCGUCAUCUUCCUGCGUAACCAGGUGCUGCCUCUCUUCGACGGCGGCGCCAUCACUCUGUUCACCAUCAGCGUUCUAUAAGGUACUUCAUUAGCUUGGAAAGCCACGAUAUGCCGAU